AUGGGCUGGGUCUGGGGGCCUGGGUCUGGGGCUGGGUCUGGGGCCUGGUCUGGGGGCCUGGGGCUUGGGCCUGGGUCUGGAGGCUGGGUCUGGGGGCCUGGGUCUGGGGGCGUGUCUGGGGCCUGUGGUCUGGGGGCUGUGUCUGGGGCUGUGUCUGGGGGGGCCUGUUGUCUUGGGGGCCUGGGUCUGGGGCCCUGGGUCUGGGCCUGGGUUGGGGCUCUGGGUCCUGGGGCCUGGGUUGGGGGCCUGGGUCUGGGGUGCCAUGGGGUUCUGGGGGCCCUGGGUCUGGGGGCCCUGGGUCCUGGCCUGGACGAGCGCACGCCCCUGCACCUGGCGGCGGCGCACGGCCACGCGGCGUGCGUGCGCGAGCUGCUCUUCCGCGGCGCCGACGUCAACGCCACCGACGGCCUCGAGCGCACGCCGCUCGUGCUGGCCGUGGAGGGCGGCCACGUCGACUGCGUGCUCGCCUUCCUCGAGGCGGGCGCCAAGAUCGACACCAAGACGCAGAACGGGCGCACGGCGCUGUACGUGGCGGCGCACAAGGGCCACGUGGAGUGCCUGGCCGUGCUGCUGGAGCGCGGCGCCGACGUGGACGCCAAGGACAGCUGCGGACGCACCGCGCUGCACGUCGCCGUCGAGGAG